AUGGGAAUCAAGAAGUCAACUAAGAAGUUCGAGAAGAACCAUCUUAGGGAUACAAUUGACCGGCGACGAGAGUUUUCAAAGGUCAAGCAGCGCCAUCAAGUCAAAGAUAAAAAGAAGGCCAAAAAUGCAGCAAAGCUCGAAGAAGCUGCCAGACAGGAAAAUGAGAAGAAAACGACUUCCGAUGCCCAGCAGGAUGCUGCGUUUGCAGAUAUGGCCGUAGACGACUUUUUCGCCGGCGGGUUUGAAAUUGCAGAUGCACCGGCUGCUACGAAAUCGUCCAAGAAACAGAAGAAGGACGUCGCCCCAAAGACCGGAAAACGGAAGCGUGCGGAAGAGAAGGUGGAGGACGUCGAAAUAGAUGAUGGAAGCGACAAUGAGGAGAGUGAAAUGGAGUCGGGCGAAGAGUCUGAUGGGAGCGAUUCGGACAACCUGGAGGCUCACAAGGACCAACUGGAGGCGCUAAAGGAGAAGGACCCCGAAUUUUACAAAUACCUUAAAGAGAACGAUGCUGAACUUUUGGAAUUUGGAGAUCAUGGUGAUCUUGCUGAGGUGGACGAGCUAAGUGAAGCCGAAGAAGAAGAGGCUCCCGCCGCAAAGAAGUCCAAAAAGUCCAAGAAGCGCGAAGAAACAGACCUGACUCCAGACAAGACGCUCAGGAUGCCAAUGGUAAAACAGUGGCAGAAAUCAAUGUUAUUACAACAUUCUCUACGAGCAACAAGACAAGCUGUACUAGCUUUCCGUAUUGCCGCCUAUGUUGAUGACGAGGAUAACGAAGACCGAAAAUACACCAUCUCUGACCCGGAUGUAUAUCACCAAGUCCUGAUAACCGCCCUUGAGGAAGUGCCGAAAGUAUUGGACCACCAUUUGCCAAUCAAGGAGACAGCUGGUGGGAAAAUAAGAGUUGCUCUCGAUUCAAAGAAGUUCAAAACUCUGACGCCACUAAUCAAAUCUCAUGUGUCUUCCAUUCACCAGCUUCUCACCACCCUCUCCGAUGCCGCAGCUUUGAAGCUUACAAUAUCUGCCAUUGAGCCAAUGCUUCCAUACAUCUUACAAUUCCGAAAGUUGCUAAAAGUCCUAAUAAAGACAGUUGUUGGACACUGGUCGGAAGCCUCAAACUCAGAGGUUACACGUAUCACUGCGUUUUUGAUACUGAGGAAGCUACUGGUUAUUGGGGACGCUGGAAUUCGAGAAGCAGUUUUGAAAGCCAGUUACGAGGGUGUUGUUAAGGGCAGUCGCAACACUUCAGUUCACACCCUUCCCGGUAUAAACCUGAUGAAGAACUCUGCUGCAGAGCUCUGGGGCAUUGAUCAGAAUAUUGCUUACACAACAGGGUUCACCUUUAUUCGACAGCUCGCUAUCCAUUUGAGGGGUAGUAUUACCAAUCCAACCAAGGAUUCGUACAAGGCUGUCUACAACUGGCAGUAUGUACACUCUUUGGAUUUUUGGUCAAGGGUUCUGGCAGCCCAUUGCGACCCUUUGGUAGAAGCGAAGGCGGGAAAGCAAUGUGCACUCCGCCCCUUGAUAUACCCUGUUGUUCAGAUUAUCCUUGGAGCUAUGCGCCUCAUACCUACGGCCCAGUAUUUUCCUCUUCGUUUCCAACUCACACGAUCUCUUCUCCGCUUGUCCCUCUCUACCGGAACCUACAUCCCUCUGUCAUCCGCCCUAUUAGAAGUUUUGAACUCUGCAGAGAUGAAGAAGCCUCCAAAGGCGAGCACAUUACGACCACUAGACUUUUCAACUACUAUUCGUACACCCAAAUCCUAUCUGAGAACCCGGGUAUAUCAAGAUGGUGUAGCUGAAGAGGUUUCGGAACUCCUUUCGGAAUACUUUACCCUAUGGACCAAAAACAUUGCUUUUCCUGAGCUUGCACUUCCAGUUGUUGUGAUGCUCAAACGCUGGCUUAAAGAAGUUUCGUCUCGUUCCUCAGGGAACAAGAAUCCCAAAGUAUCCCAGAUGUUCAUGCUCUUAGUACAGAAGAUUGAGGCAAACUGCCGCUGGAUUGAAGACCGAAGGGCAAAGGUUACAUUUGCGCCUAGGAACCGGGCGGAGGUUGAAGGGUUUUUGAAAGAAACUGAGUGGGAUACGACUCCUUUGGGGGCUUUCGUCAAGACUCAACGAAUUCAGAGAGCCGAACGAGCAAAGCUAUUAGAAAGCAGCCGAGCCCAGGAGCGGGAGAAUAAAAAGAAAAACAUCACCGAUGACAACGAAGACGAUAGUAUGGCCGAGGAUGAUUCUAGCGAUGGCGAGUAA